AUGCCAUUUGAAGGGGUAAGUAUCAUUGCUGUAGGGGAUUUGUUUCAGCUUCAACCAGUUUUUGACAAAUGGAUUUUUGAAAACAGCAACAAGGAUUAUGGCCCACUGGCUCUAAAUGUUUGGCAAGAGUAUUUUGAAAUGUAUGAGCUAACCAAAAUAAUGAGACAAAAAGAAGAUAAGCAGUUUGCAAAACUUUUAAAUCGGCUUCGCGAAGGGCAUCAUUCGCAAAAUGAUAUUGAGCAAUUGAAAACUAGAAUCUUGCAACCAGACUGUAGCAAUUUAAAUGUCACACUCUUGUUUACCACUAAUAAAUCUGUGGCUGCUCAUAAUAAUAAAACGUUUACGUGUUGUAAUGAUGAUAAAGCAGAAAUAGAAGCAGUGGAUAUUGUAGUAGGCGAUAUUUCUGAUGAUAAGAAGCAGCAAAUUAAACAGAGGAUCUCAUCAGAUUCCACUAAAACUAUGGGGCUGCAUUCCGUUCUCUCAGUUGCCACAUCUGCAAAAUAUGAUCUAACCACCAACGUUUCUGUCAAUGAUGGAAUGACAAAUGGCAGUGAAUGCAUAAUUUGUAAGACUGAUUACAGAGUUUUAAAUUCAAGUAGACCGAGUAUUAUAUGGGUUUUAUUUUCAGAACCUAAUGUUGGACAGAAUUGUCGUAACGAAAACUCACACUUGUAUAACACACACGUACAAUGGCAUUGGACCCCAAUAUUAGAGAUAACUUGACAAUUUAAAAUUGGAAAAAGUACCAAUGUAAAAGUCUUACGAAGGCAGUUCCCUCUAAGGCCAGCUGCUGCAAAAACAAUUCAUCGUUGUCAGGGAGACACUCUUGAUGAAGCAGUUGUUGAUUUCCCAAAUUCAAACAGAGAGCACAUGCACUAUGUUGGUCUUAGUAGAGUUAGAAACAUUGGCAAGUUGCACAUUUUAAAUUUAAGAACAAAAUAUUUUGAGAACAAAAUCAGAGUUAAUCCUGUGUGCACGAGACACAGAUGAAGAGUAUUCAAUUGAUGGAUUUGAUCUUUUCAGAAAUGAUCAUAUUCAUUUGGAAAAUAAUGUUCGAACGACAUAUGGGACAAUUACGUACCUUAAAUCGACACUUGCUUACCUUGUACCACCUUUUAGUUACAACUACAAUAACAUGGAAAUUUCUGUGACAGUUGUGAACGAGCCUGUUCCCAAUCUGCAUAUUGUUGGCAUUUACCGUUCAAGGUCGAAAGUCAAGCUUCACAAACUCAUAGAGGCAUUAGACUAUCUUCACAUGACAUUACUGGUUAACAAGCCAACCAUUCUCCUUGGAGAUUUUAAUAUUGACUUAUUGAAACCCUCUAGUGAACGAAAAGCUUUAAUGCAAAACAUGAUUGAGUGUAGGGGAUACUCCCAAUUGAACCUAAAAACCUAA